UUUGUUCUCUGUUCCUCUUGUCCCUCUCACUCCCUCCUUCCCGUAUUCUUAUUGCUUCUUUCUAUAUUAAACAUUCUUCAACUUUACAUGAGUUCUCUGGGAAAAUAUGGGUGAAGAACAUGUAGCAUUGUGCCCUUCUGAUAGAGCAGUUGAACAGGCAAUUGUCGCGUUGAAGAAGGGUGCACACCUUCUGAAGUAUGGCAGAAGAGGGAAGCCCAAAUUCUGCCCCUUUAGGCUUUCCAUGGAUGAGAAAUCUUUGAUUUGGUAUUCUGGUGAGAUGGAAAAACAAUUGAAAUUAAGCUCGGUUACAAACAUCAUUCGCGGUCAAAAUACUAAACAAAUGAAACCAGAAAGAGAAAGUCAAAGUUUUUCACUUAUCUAUGCGAAUGGUGAACGCUCUCUUGAUCUGAUCUGCAAGGACAAAGCACAGGCUGAUUCUUGGUUUUUAGGCUUGAAAUCUAUAAUAUCCAGGAGUCACCAUCGUAGAUUGUUUGGCACAUUGAAAAACCAAAGAUGGGCUCAAAGUUGUGUCAAUAGUCCAGCUAGUUACAUGCGAAGGAAGCAAAUUCUUGGAAUCACGGAAGAGACAGCUAAAUCAUCUCAGGUUCAAAGCAUAGAUGGGAGUCCUGCACAAUCAUUUUCAGAGAGGUGUUUUUCGGAUGGGUUAUCAUGUUCUUCUGAUAGCUUUUAUUCGGAGUCAAGUCUAUCAAGUACCCAAAAUUCCGUGGAUAACUUUAACACAAGUUCUCCAUAUCUUGGCCCUGAUGAUCUAAAUAAGAAAGAAGCAGUUUGUGCCAAUACAAGAACCCACGUUCACAGCCUUAGUCAGCUUGGGAGACCCCCUCGUAAUUUUACCCAAUUAGGAAUGGAUGUCUUAAGAGAUCUUCUGAUUUGGGGAGGAGGAGUAGAAGGAGGAUGUUUUGCUGGCGGUGAAGAGCAAUGCGAUGCAUUAAUACCCAAAGUGCUGGAUUCUACCAUGAUGCUUGAUGUGCAAUCAGUGUCUUUAGGGGGGAAACAUGCUGCCUUAGUCACCAAACAAGGAGAAGUCUUCUGUUGGGGUGAAGGAAAGAGGGGAAGGCUUGGUCACAAACUCGAUAUGGAUUCUGAAUGUCCAAAAAUUGUUGACUCCCUUAACAGGGUUUUUGUAAAAUCUGUUACAUGUGGUGAAUAUCAGACCUGUGCUCUUGCAGAUUCUGGUGAGCUGUACACGUGGGGUGAUGGUGGUUGUAGUGCCGAUUCAGCAGGUGGAGAUAUAAAGCAAAGCCAUUGGCUGCCAAACAGACUUUGUGGGUUGCAGGAUGGUGUUUCGAUAGCCAAUGUUGCUUGUGGAGCAUGGCAUACAGCUAUUGUAUCUGCAAAUGGGCAAUUAUUUACUUUUGGUGAUGGAACAUUUGGAGUACUUGGUCAUGGAAAUGUCCAAAGCAUUUCACGCCCUAAAGAAGUCGAGUCACUUGUUGGGCUAUGGGUAAAAUCUGUUGCAUGUGGUCCAUGGCACACAGCUGCAAUAGUGGAAGUUGUGACAGAUUGUUUUAAAAUCAAGCGUAAAGGAGGGAAGUUAUUUACUUGGGGAGAUGGGGAUAAAGGAAAGCUUGGUCAUUCGGAUCAAGAGAGGAAGCUUUUACCAACAUGUGUCACAGAGCUUGUUGAUCACGAUUUUGUUCAAGUUGCAUGUGGAAGAGUGUUGACUGCUGGACUGACUAAUAUGGGUAAGAUAUAUGCAAUGGGAAGUGCAGAGCAUGGGCAACUGGGAAAUCCUCAUGCCAGGGAUAAAUCAAUAACAAUUGUACAGGGGAAGCUAAAAGAUGAGUAUGUUAAAGAGAUCUCUGUAGGUUCUAGUCACAUUGCUGCCUUAACCUCAAGGGGCAACGUUUUCACAUGGGGAAAAGGUGCAAAUGGACAAUUGGGACUGGGUGAUAGAAGGGAUAGAAACUCUCCAACUUUAGUAGAAGCCCUCAGGGACAUGCAGGUAGAACAUAUUACCUGUGGAUCAAGCUCUACAGCUGCUAUUUGUUUGCACAAAUCUGUUGCUACAACUGAUCAAUCAGCUUGCAAAGGAUGUGGGACAGCUUUUGGAUUUACAAGGAAGAAGCAAAACUGCUACAAUUGCGGGCUUUUGUUCUGCCGUGCAUGCUGCAGCAAGAAAGCUAGUAAUGCAUCUUUGGCACCUAGCAAAGUUAAGUCAUUUCGCGUAUGUGAUCCAUGCUUUAAAAAGUUGCAAAAAAUAGCUGAUUCUGAUGGACAGUAUAAGCUUGAUUCUCAGAGCCCAAGAUUAUUAUUAACAUCACUGAAGGCUAUGUCUGAUGAAAAAGAAUACAGAGGAGAUGGAAGUGGUGCAUGGAGUAGAAUGAAAUUGACAACAAAUUACUCUGAAGAGAAAGUUCAAGGGGACAAACAGCAGCCCUUGGACUCCACUUCAUCUUCAUUGGGUGGAUUGCACAGGUGGGGGCAGGUUCCUUGCCCUCGAGCUUUUAGAAUAAACUCUGGAGACCAAAGAAUUCCCCAUCUGUCUUCCCUUUCACCUUUGAGGACUCAAUUAGCUUCCUCUUCUCCAGCUAACUUCCAAGCACUUCCUUUGGUUGUGAAAUCUGCAUCUUUUGCUGCUAUGAAUCAAGAGAAGGACACUUUGCUAUCAGAUGAAUUCCUUCUUGAAGAAAUACGGAAGCUAAGGAUUCAAUCUGAGAGUCUUAAAAAGCUAUGCCAAACAAGAGAUGAGGAAAUUCAAGAAUGUCGACGAAAACUGGAGGAAGCGUGGGCACUUGCAAAGGAGGAAGCUGCCAAGAGUAAAGCAGCAAAGGAAGUUAUAAAAGCUCUUACAUCAAGGCUUAAAACAAUGUCAGAGAAACUCUCUGCUGAAAGGGAUCUUAAAGAUCAAGCUAGUGUGGAGAAAUUCACAUCCAUAUCGUCCUCUCAAGUUGUUACUACAUGUGAGCCUCCUGAAGUAUGUCGAAUGGAAGACAGAAGAGUGGAUAGUGUAUGCAAUUCUCCAAUGCUUUUUUCCAACACAUUGAAGUAUCUCCGAGAUAAACACCGUAAUGGAGAUGCUGCAUCAGUAGAGAAAUCCUGUGCAGAAAAAGUAGAUACUGAACAACUUGGAAUAAAGUCCUUGAAGCUCGAAUGGGUAGAACAGUAUCAACCUGGCAUCUACAUCACACUCACAGCACUGCCAAAUGGACAGAAGGCCCUCAGGCGAGUUAGAUUCAGUCGGAAAAAGUUCACCGAGAGAGAGGCAGAAAGAUGGUGGGAUGAGAAUCAACUGUUAGUGUAUCAAAAAUUUGAGAUUGAGGAAUAUACAAGUUCAAAUCAAGGUAUGAUGGUGUUAUGAGGUUUCCUUUGGCUUCGCAGCAUCUUCUACUCUUAGUGAUGCAUCGUUCAAAUAGCUUUUUCAUGUUACCAAAUGCGAAAGGCUAUUAGUAAUUACAUUUGCCUGAAAAUUUUGUCUUCUGGCUUUUGCUGCCACAAAAGUUUUUCAUCCAUGUUGUCAUCUUUUGUAUCAAUUUGAUUCUCACAGUUUACUCUUGAUGGUGGGUUUUGAAACUUACUUUUGUUUCUGGAGGGAUUCUUUGCCACCCGAGUCUGACAAUUGUGUAUCCUUUCAAUGUCCUGCUGCCCAAUCUAUUAAUCUGUGACUGUGUUUGAUAGGCAGGUCUUUCUGAAACAUGUACGAAAAGUGUGGGAUAGGAUAAUGAACAUUAAUGCUAUUU